GUUGUGUUUGAUGUGAAUAUAUUGAGAUAUGGCACUGCCGGGCGGGCGUACUGACCCAUCUGCGCACCUCUAUGCGACAAUCGUAGAGGGCGUUUGCAGCCGGCUAGCCGGGCACUUGGGUGCUGCGACGGAGCUUACAUCGCAGCUAACACGCUAUAGCUGCGUGGAGCUAAGGCUAGCACCCACCGCUCACGUGGUUCAAGUCCUCGCACAGCGAUGCUCCAGCACAGCCCAGCUUCGCAACCUGCUGCUCGCGGUCGCCCACGUCUCAGCCGAGCACCAGAGCCAACGCUUGCUAGCGCGCGCAGUUCUUGCCGGCUGCUGCUGCGGAGGCAACCGCUUGGGCGAUUUGGUAACCGCCCUCUUGCAGCUCGCGGCGCCUCCUGUUGCAGAACCUGCCGCACCCCAGCAGCAGAAGCAGCAGCCUCCUGCCUCGAACCCUGCACUCCUUGGCGGAAUCUUGGGGGUGCGCUCACGCUACCUGCCGAGGUGCCCAGCUGCUGCUGACGGCAACAACAACAGCGGUGGUGCAGAAGCUAGCGGCGAUGCAGAUGACUCAAGCUCGGCUGUUGCAGCAGCAGCAGAUGCUGCUGCUACCGCUACUGCUCAGGAGGCUUUCGCAGCCCUUACCGUUGACUUCAUUCGGUUGUCUGCGGAUGAGUCGGACCUACCUUCAGACGACUUUGCCGUACCUCAAGGGCCCCCUGUCCUUGCCUCGUCAGCUGCUCCUGACCUGAACCCUGACUACAACGGCCGUGGUAACGCAGCCGUUGAUCGACACAGUGCUGGUGAUUAUGCAGACCAGGAAAAGGGUGCUGUCGGAGCGGGCAAUGCUGACGAUACAGAGGAGGAGGGAGAAGACGAAGACGAAGAGGAAGAAGAAGAGGAAGAGCAGCUCUUCUCCAUUUUGCGGAGCCGUAGCGACCCGAAAGCGGCACCCAAGCGGAAAGCUGAAGGUGCCCCUCCCAAACCCCCAACGGCGUUUGUCACCGCCGCUGAUGCCGCAGCCAAGAAGAAAGCAAAGACAGCGACUGAGAGCGCCACCGCCGCUCAGGGCGCCUGUGGCAGCGGCGACGAUCCUGAGGCCGGCACUGGCAGCUGCAGUGACGGCCAAUGCGGCCCUUGUCCCACCUCCCUGGCUGCAGCCGCCGCGGUGGUGGUGGAGGCGGUGCAACUUGCUGUCCUCCUGCAGCAGGGGGGGCAGCAGGGGGGGCAGCCGAAGCAGCAGCAGCAGCAGCGCUGUGGCCCCGAGGCGCUAGGGCUGCUGGCGGCGGCAGUGGCGGAGCGGCUGUUUCCGCUGGACCCCGCCCUCGCCUCCAGUUGGGCUCUGCGGAUGGUACGACAGUGCUUUGGCAGCGGCGGCGGCAGCGCUGACGGCGGCUGCUUCGCCGGCGCCGCCGGGGUCAGCAACAUCGGCACCACGGCAGCGGCGGCUGCGGCCCGCUGCUGCGCCCCGCACCUGGUGGCCGUGCUGGGACUGCCGCUGCUGAUGCACGCAGCGGAGGAGGAACUCUUGCUCAUGCUGCGGAAAGGGAGACCCACAACAGCAGAAACAGCAGCAGCAACAGCAGCAGCGGGCGAAGCAGCGGGGGCAGCGGGGGUCAUAACGACGACGCUUCGGGCUGUACGGCAGCAGCAGCAGCAGCAUGGCGACAGCGGUGGUAGCGGUGGUGGCGGUGUUGCAUGUCGUCCGGUGGGUGUGUUGUUGGCGGCGGUUGCUGCGUUGGAUGGUGAGGGCGAGGAGGCGGUGUGGGGGUUGCUGUCCCGGGGGCUGAGGCGGGCGUUGAGGCUGGGCGGUGGAGGUGGAGGUGGAGGAGGGGCGCUUGAGGGGGCGGCGGAGGCGCAGGGGCAGCGGCCUCGUGGGGGGUACGGAGGAGGUCGCGGUAGCGAUGAGGGUGGGGAAGCGGCGGCGGGAGUGGCGGAUGUACGGCUGGCGGUGGAGGUGCUGGCGGCGGUGGAAGUGGUGGUGACGGAGAUGGAGUUGUACGGCGGCAGCGGCGGCGGCGGCGGGACUGGCGCCACCGAUCCCGCAGCAGCGGCAGGUGCAGCACCGGACUCGACGAUCGAUAGCAGGUUAGAUGCGCUGUUCCUAAAGCCCUCACUGCUACUGCUGCCGCCGCCGCCGCCGUCAGCAUCAAUUCCAGCGUACGACACAUCGAGCCAUGCGGGCCGCCGCUCCUCCUCCGUCACCGCCGCCGCCGCCACCGCCGCCGCCCUUCGUGCCGUACAAUUGCAUGUGCCGUACUGCUGCUCGAUCCCGCUGCUGUCCGCUUACGAGCGGCUGGUCAAUGCGGCGUUGGCAGCCCUGUUGCACACCGGUCCGGCGGGAGCGGGGCCAGUAGCAGCAGCGGGCCUCAACCCACCAGGCCCCAAUGCCCGGUUAGCAUCUGGUGGCAACACUGCUGCUGUUACCCAACAUCAUCAUCAUCAACAACAACAACAGCAUCAACAGCGGCUGGAGGCGGAGCGGUGGCGGCUAAAGGAGCUCCUUGCGUCGAUCCAGAGCCGCAAGGAGCACUUGGGUGCCGGAGGAGGAGGAGGAGGGCGAGGAGGAAGACCCAUGGGUCACCCGACAGCAGCAGCCGCAGCAGCAGCAAUGGGUCCGCAGGCGGCGGUGGUUGUGGGUGACCGGGGGUUCGCAUGCAGGUGCCUGGAGGAGUUUGGGAGGCUGGGUAAAGAGCACCUCAAGAAGUACACCGGGGUGCAGCGGGGCCGCUGGCAGCGGGACGCCAAGCCCGUGCUGCUGCAGCCCACCCUCAACGCCGCGACAGCCGCGCAGCGGUACAAAUACCUCCAGGCCGCAUCUGAGUUGCGGCUGGUGACGUUGUACGAGGUGGAUUGCUGGGAGGCGCUACACACGGCACUGGGGCUGCAGCUGAUGAGGGGCUCAACGGGCCCGCAACCCCCCUCCGAGCCCCCCACCGCCACCGGCUCCCCGGCGGAGGACCUGCUGUCGCGACUGGCCCUCGCCGGCCCCUCCCUGGCGGACCCGCGCACCCUGGUGGCACUCAUGCGGGCGCUGGACGCAGCUCUGAGGGAAGAACUGAUGGCGGGGGUGGUGGGGGUCGGGGAGGGGGGCUGCGGUGGGGUGAUGAGUGGGAGUGGGGCGCUGCAGCCGGCUGGAUUCAUGAAGCAACAGCAGCCGCAGCCAGAAGGAGGAGCAGGAGGACUGACAGAAGGAGGGCAAGUGAAGCUGCAGAAGGAGGAGGAGGAGGAGGUAGAAAGGCGGCGGGCGGCGGCAGCGGAGCGGAUUGCCGAGCUGGUCCUGCAGGCCUUUGUGGCGGCGGAAGAGCUGGUGAUGGAAGCUGAGGCAGCGGAGGAGGCGGAAGCAGCCGCUGCUGCUACUCAUCCGCCGCCGGCUGGUGUUGCAGGGCUCAGCUGCCGCCGCCGCCGGCUGCAGUCGCAUCAGGGCUGGCAGUUGGCGCUGCUAGACGUGGUGUCGCGCUGGCCGCCGCUGCAUGCACCACUCGUGGAGCGACUGAGUCGGCUGGCCUCCGACAGCGCGUUGACGGCGACGCUGGACGAGCCGCAGGUGAUGGGGCUGGCGGCGGCGCUAGCGUGCAUGAGCAGUGUACGGCGGCUGAGCAGCAGCAGCGGCGGCGGCGUCGGCGGCGGAGGAGGAGGAGGAGCGGCGGAGGCGAGGUACGUGUGGUGGCUGCCGCCACGGCAACAGCGGCAGCAGCCAGCGGCGGCGGCAGCGACGGAGGUGGUUGCCGUACCGGGGCCAGCGCUGGCGGAGGCAGUGCUGGCGGCGCUGCCUCUGGGGCCGUCAGCCCCGCAGCUGCGCUUCUCAGCGACCUUCCUGGUGGCCUACCUCCGCCGUUGCGGCGUCAUGGACACGUGGGUAGUGUACGACAGUCCCAGUCUGUACGGAGAUGAAGCUUGUCGGGGCGCGUCGGCAGCUGUUAGUCGUAACACCUGCCGUACGGCGGGUCACACCGGUAGUAGCGACGGUUGGGCUGAUCCAAAGCCGCUCAAGGUUUUGGAUGCUGUCGCUGACGCGGAGGGCAUGGUUCGUUUAGACCCGCACGCACCCACAAUCCAGCAGCCCCAGCAGCCCAUGCAGCAGCAGCAGC